CAAACUAGCGGUGGGAAAAGAAAGUUCCUGCUCUUCCUCUCUUGCGCCGCUGUUAGGGUGCUUGCUGUUCCUCUGUCCCGCCAGUAGGUGUCCUCGCAGAACUGACCGCAGCCUGUUACUCGCACCUGAGCGCGCCCGACCUUCUCCAGGUGGGAUCUGCAGGUCGACGGAGCAGCGACAUUUUAUUUCCCUUCUUUGGGGCAGUGGCGUGUCCGUAGACAGACAGCACGGACAGCGAAGUCCCUUCAUCUGACAGCCAGACAGACCUCUCUGUGUCGGUGGGUGCAAACAAAUCCAGACUCCAGUCACUUCCUGAAGUUUGCUUUUCACGGAAAUGGUUCACCUGAAGUUUUCCGUCGGGCGGUAAAAGUUUGGAGAGUUGGAAGAAGGACGCAGCAGGAGGACGCUCCAAAUGGAGAGAGGGUGAAUCAGCCCAUCUGGACCAAAACAGUCUCACAAGCUCCAGUGUGAGGUGCUAUGUCAAACCGGGAUUCGCUGGGGUUUGGGGACCUGCUUCCCCAGGAUGUGGUUGAGAUUUUUGCCCAAGAGAAGCACAGCAAAAGGGGCCUGAAGAAGCGCAGUAACUCCCUGGGCCGAGCUCUGGGCUGGCUGAAGGGAAAGAAGAAGAAGGAUGUUGGUGCUACUGGAAAGAGCCUGGGUCUAGGUCCUGCGCUUGACUUGGCCUUGGAUGGGCACCCUGCUGGGCUUCAGAGUGCACACAAGGGAGGACAGAAGUCAGGAAAGCAGGCGCAUCAACAUGGAAACAGCCAUGCUGUCCUAAAGCAAAAUGAUAAGACCCCAGCACCCCCAAUGUUACAGGAGAAUGUGUUCAUCGAGACCAGCAGGCCGAAAUACCUGGAGGACCUUCACACUGAGGCCCUGGAGGGAUUGAAAAUGAUGCAGCAGGAAGAAACCAAUAAUGGAGUAGAGUACCAGGAUAAUGAAAGCACAAUUUCGAACAUGACGGUACAAACAGAUGGUGAAGGUGGAGGGUUUAUGACAGACAGCACCACUGCUGACACAUCUUCUGUUGUCUCCGUACAAUCAUCUGUGUCCACAAGAUCUGGACUCACUAGGCAAGCAUCAACAUUCAGGCCCUUAAACUCUGGGAAAAAGACGAAAAGACGACGGCACAAGAAAACUCUUGCGGGUAUUCCACAGCAUGUCCAGAGAGAAUUGGGGCUGGACAGAGCAGGUUGGACACUGAGUCAGAAGCAAGAUCAAGAGCAGCCUUAUAAUGGUGACACUGACAACAGCCAUACUUCUGAUGGGCCACAAAAGGGAACUAGUACCAACCCUCAUUACAAAAAUGUCAUCCAGCCUCUAAACAAAGACCAAGUUGAGCAGCCCGAUGCCACCCAUGCUGGUCAUAGGGACGAGACGGCCCUGCUGCGCCAUUUGGGCUCCGACUUUUCAGAUGGGCAGAGUUCUGUGUCCCAGGGGCCACCCAGCCCUGUCAUGUCCAUAUCACCCCAAGCUGCUUACAUGUCCACAAUCAUUCGAAAUGCUGUGUUGCCACCUUCCAUCGAGGUGGUGGAAAUCAGCCGUGGACGAAGUCACAACAGCGUCCGCACUGUCAGUAAGAGCAGCCUGCUGCUCUCCAGCCCGGCCCCCUCCCGUGCUUCCUCUAGAGCUUCUUCAUCCAGAAACACUUCCUCCAAAGCAUCCACCAUCAGCUCUGCAUACUGCCACAACCCCUAUAGUCUGUCUGACAGCUCAUGUUGGAGCAACUCCGAGUCCUCAGAAACUUUGGUGUCGGACUCCUCGACCAUCUCCAGCGGCAGCACCCUUAGGCAGGCCAGGUCUCGGGACAAAGAUUGUUCUGCUAAGGAAGACAAAGUCAGUGUUCACGCCUCUGUAAGCAAGGCUUCAAAAUGCACCUCCAAUGGCAAGCUCAUUGGUAAAGCAGGUGAAAUUAGAAAAGAAGGGCAUUUUGUGCGCAGCCUCUCUGUCACGAAGCCCAAAAAGGCUCCUCCUCCUCCCAGCCGCUCCUAUUCCCUCCACAGCAAGAUGAAGCGACGCUCACGUGAUCUGGCAGAGGUUAAGGUCAUUGCAGGGGUGCCCUCUGUCCAACCUGGAUCUUCCCCUAUGCACUCCAGGACCAUAGACAGCCCUGACUACAAUGCUGACACCAGUUCUCUGGACGACACAGGCUCUGUGUCAUUCAGCCCCACCAAAUCCCAGCUGAAGGAGCUAAAGACAGAGUAUGCAGAAACUAUUUCCAAAGAUGCUUCACAGGAAAAGCAGGGAGUACUUCAGGUGAAUAAGCUAGGUAAAAUAAUUUCCCCAUCCAGUGGCUACUCUAGCCAAGAUGCCACAUCCCCCCAGUUUUCUAAACAACCUCACAGCUCAUCUUCAAGACACAAGAGAGGCUUCUUAGCAAAGCUUCAAAGGUUUUUUCCUGGGUCCACUCCUGCUGGUUUGGCACAGCCCCUUGUCACACAGCCAGCCAUUCCUGAAAAAAGAAAACCCAUUGACUCAGUCGACACACUCAGCGUCAGCACCUCUGUAAGGACCUUGAGAGAUCUCUUUGACAUUCCUCCAUACCCUAAAGUGCAUGCACCUCCACCCCCUCCACCAGAGGUAUGGGCUCACAGUAAACGUACCUUUGAGUUGCUGCUGGGACCCCCAGCCCCUGAUGAUGUUUAUGCUAUCAUUAAGAAGAAUCCAAAGGACAGGAGACAGAGGCAGUCUCCUUCUGCAUCCACAGAGGGCUCUGUGAAGAGCUUGGUGGCAGAAAGGAAACACAAGUCUCCAACUAUAACAAUGGAGUCUGUUAAUGGAUCUCUACAUGUAUUGCAGAUGAAGAAGGUUCAAGAAAGUGGAAUUGUGAAUACAGAGAUUCAUAAAGAGGACAACGAAAAGCUGGUUCAGAAUGUAGAUUUGAAAGGAAAUAGUGAAGUGGCAGUAAAAGAUGAGAAAGUAAGAGUAAGUGACAUGUUAAAUGGGAUGAUAUUGAAGGCUGUAGAGAAACGUGAAGAAAGGCUGAUAGCAAUCAGAGAAGAUGUCAAGAAGACAGCUGCACAAGGUACAGAGGUCAAGACAUUACCUGCCAUUUCAUUAGCACACAUUUCUCCCUCUCCCUCUCCUCUGGCGGCACACCAUCCUCCCAAACUCCUCACCAAGCAAACCGCAAAAGUUGCUUCUGUCACAUCAGUACAACCUGUUGUUUCCCCCGACUCAUCCUGGCCCCCACCACCUUCACCAAUGGGACAAGCGGGUGUAGGCAGGUCCGACCAGACCGAUUUUGCUCUUCCACCUCCCCCACUGUUUAGUGAGGUAGUCAUACCUGUUCAGGUGCCACCAGAGAGGUCUCUUCCUGUUGGUGGCUCCUCUUCUACAACUACAUUCGUUACAUCACUGAAGACAGAAUGUGUUAAGGUAACCACAGCGGCUGAGCCACAGAGGUCCAGUUCAGUUCAGGUGAUCACAUCUCCACCAUUGAAUAUCCCACCUCCCCCAUCAUAUACAGCUCCCCCUCCACCAAUUAACCCAGUCUCCCCUCCUAAGACUCAAAAGGUCUUUCUCCCACCAGAAGAGGUUAUUCCACUACCACCACCUGAAGAGUUCUGUCUGCCACCUCCUAAAGAGUUCUCUGCUCCACCACCUACAGAGGUUUCUGCUGUGAGGCCCAAAGAAUCAUCACUUCAGGUUCAAGAAGUGCCCCCUCUUGUUAAAGAUAUAACCCCAACACUGAUUAAAGUGGUUUCCCCUCCACUAUUUCCUCAUCUGGUUAUUAAAACCUCUCCUCUGCCUCCGAAUGAGAUCUCCACUCAAUCUACUGAAGAGGUUGCGCCAUCAUUUUCUCAAGACAGUGCAUCUCAGUCUUCUGUAGAAGCAACAGUUGUUAGUAAUCUUGCUCCACCACAAAGUAUUCCACCUGCACCACCUCUACCAUCACCACCAAAGGUUUCAAGGCAGGAUAUUAAUCUUACACAAGAGACCAUCCCAUCCAAAUCUUGUGUUAGUAUUCUCACUCCCUCUAGGAGUAUUCCAGCUCCGCUUCCCAUAGAGUUUCUCCACCAACCUCCGGUUGUACCCCUGAACACUGAUGGUCCAGUAACCCAGGAGGCCCCACUAUCAAUCCCACCGGUGCCAGCUCCUGAAACCUAUUCUUCAGAUAAGGCUCAAGAACCUCCUCCUCCUCCAACUGUAAACAUCCCUCUACCUCCACCUUUACCAGUGCAGGGCCUUGCCAGCAUUAAGCACCAGCCUAGUCAUUCAAGCACAGAAGUCCAAAACCAAACGCUGCCCUCUGCCCGUGUUGUACAGGAGGAACUCACUCCCAUUGUUACCCCUUUGCUCUUGCAGAUGGUCAAGCUGCGAGCUGUCAACAGCAGCCAUGAGCCCCCUAAAACUGAAAAGCAGCCACAGGCUGAGGUCAUGAUGAGGAAACAGAAGUCCUGCAGUCAAAUGGCAACCUCAUCUGUCAGUGGAGAGGCUCCUCAGAAGCCCAUCAGAAAGUCUCUGAUCAUGACCUGUCCCACAUCCACUUCUCCACCUGUCAUAACCACUUCACAACCAGAUCCACCCAAGUCCCAGUCUGUUGUGGUUCCACCUGCAUCUUCAUCCGCAGCCCUCUGCCCUAUGAGUAAGUCCCCUCCUGCCAUGACUGCCACUCCUUCCAUGAACCUACAGGAGGCCAUCCGCCUGAGGACAGCAGCCAGAUCAAAAGAAAGACCUGCAUCUCGCCUCAGCUUGCCUUCACCUCCAUCACCCAUAGACCCCCAUAAAUCACCGUCCAGCACAGCGAGCUUUAUCUUCUCAAAGAGCAACAAGAGGGCGAUGAUUGAGACCAAGCGAGCUCCGGAGGCUAAGCCAACUGUACAGCAGAACCAGGGGGUUUCCUUUGUAACAAAGGUGAUGAGUGAAGCAGAGAAGAAGGGAGUCAAGGUGCCACCACCUGUAGCAACGAAACCCAAUACAAUGGUCAAAGAGAAUGAGAAUGGUGAAGAGAUGGAGCAAACUGCAGGCCAGGAAGCAGAGCAAGAGCAUAUUGAGGGUGCUGCAGAGAAAACAAAUGGGACAGCAGGUACUGUUGAAGGAGGAGAGACGCCAUCAACGUGAUUGUAAAGACUGAAGGAGGCCUGAGAAGGAAUUACCAAUUUGCUGAAAGUUGGUUUUUGUGUGUGAGACAAGCAAAUGGAUAUGAGGAGAUAAGAUGCUUAUUUCAAAAUGGCAUUUUGAAAAGUUCUGGAUUUUAAAGAUUUGAUGUUAAAGGUUCAAGAUUUUAAGUCUGUCAUAAAAGAAUAUCGGUGUGUCCAUAUGUACAUAAGAAUAGGCCACGGACACUGGUGCUGUUCCUAUGAGCAGGAACAGGGUGUAGGUCUGAAAGAUAUUCACUCAAUUUAGUAUAGUAGUGGAGUUUCAAGUGAGCCUCAGCUUAACUGCAUGACCAAAACCUAUUCUCACAUACAAAUGGGCAUAUCAAUAGUCUUAAUAUCUUAAGACUGACUUGAAAAAUCCUGGACCAAUCCUGUUAAUGGUGUGGGUCUUUUUUUUUUUUUUUUUUUUUAAUCAAGUACUCAUUUAGUAAAAAUUUUUUGUGCAAAAGGGUCUUCUGCGCUUUACCCUCUCAA